AUCCGCUCCGUUCUGUUCAGUCCGAUCACGACUAUCGACCGGUUCGGAACUGUUUCUGGAAUUCUCCCGCAAACGACGCCUGUGCCACGUGUUUUCCUGAAAGUGUCAAUUUAUCGCACAGAUCUGAGAAAUAUCGUGCAUAUUUUUGGCUGCAUUCGAGUAGAUUUGUUUGCUGCACCGUUUGAAGUUUAGUUACGUUUAAAAACAUUGAAAUUUUUACGAGUUUGACACGAAAACAAUUUAAAACGCGGUAACAUUCGGCUUGACAGCUUUCAAAAGUACACUGCAACAGAUUUAACUGCCCGGCGGUAAGAUGCCCGCUUCGUUGGUACUCGAGGAUGGAACGAUCGCGCAUGGUGAAAGUUUUGGCGCCGAGCUCGAUUCCGAUGGGGAAGUGGUGUUUCAAACCGGAAUGGUCGGUUAUCCGGAAUCGAUGACCGAUCCGUCCUAUCACGGGCAGAUUCUGGUGUUGACGUAUCCACUGAUAGGGAACUAUGGCAUUCCGGAUGAGGAAUUGGACGAGCGUGGGUUGAUGAGGCAUUUCGAAUCGAAUAGUCGGAUUUGGACGUCCGGGUUGGUGGUGGGGGAAAUUUGCGACGAGCCGUCGCACUGGCAGAGUAAGUUGACGCUGUCCGAGUGGAUGCGGAAGCAUCGGGUGCCGGGGAUAAGUGGGGUCGAUACGAGGGCGCUGACGAAGAAGAUUCGCGAGAAUGGGACGGUUUUGGGGAAAAUCGUUCAAGGCCACCUGUCUACCGCAACCGGUAUAAUCUUCCGAAACCAGAACCUGCGUAACCUUGUGGCUGAAGUAUCGCUAGCAAAGGCGGUUACCUACAACGAAUCCGGUUCUCCACGAAUCUGUGCCAUUGAUUGCGGUCUUAAAUUGAAUCAGGUGCGCUGUUUCGUCAACCGGGGAGCACGAGUUGAUGUUGUCCCUUGGAACGCGGAGCUUGAUCCGGCAAACUAUGAUGGCCUGUUUCUGAGUAAUGGUCCAGGUGAUCCAGUCAUGUGUAAUUCUACGGUGGACAAUAUUCGGAAGUUGCUGAACGGAUCGGCUGUUAAACCGAUAUUCGGUAUUUGUCUCGGUCAUCAGCUACUUUCAACGGCAGCCGGAUGCGAAACCUACAAGAUGAAGUAUGGUAAUCGUGGACAUAAUCUCCCCUGCAUGCACAAGGGAACCAAGAGGUGCUAUAUGACAUCGCAGAACCACGGCUUUGCUGUGGAUGCUGCCGAGUUGCCGGCAGGUUGGGAAGAACUGUUUACCAAUAUCAAUGAUCACACGAAUGAGGGAAUCGUGCAUGAGAUGAAACCAUUUUUCAGCGUUCAGUUCCAUCCAGAGCAUACGGCUGGGCCGGAAGAUUUGGAGGUGUUGUUCGACGUUUUCCUGGAUACGGUGAAGGAGUAUAAGGCAACCGGAACUUCUAAGGUGACCAUCAAAGAAAAGAUAAUCGAAAGUUUGCGGUACCAACCGAUUCGGGAGAUUGAUACGAGUAGACCGAAGAAGGUGCUAAUCCUAGGAUCGGGUGGUUUAUCGAUCGGUCAAGCCGGUGAGUUCGAUUAUUCCGGAUCACAAGCGAUCAAAGCGCUGAAGGAAGAGAAGAUUCAAACUGUUUUGAUCAACCCUAACAUCGCAACCGUUCAGACUUCCAAGGGGCUAGCCGAUAAGGUUUACUUCCUUCCACUGACUCCGGAGUACGUGGAACAAGUCAUCAAAGCAGAGCGACCGGGAGGGGUUCUGUUGACGUUCGGAGGUCAAACGGCUUUGAACUGUGGCAUCGAAUUGGACAAAGCAGGAGUUUUCGAAAAGUACAAUAUUCAGAUCAUGGGAACUCCGAUCAAAUCGAUUAUUGAAACAGAAGAUCGGAAAUUGUUUGCCGAACGAGUGGCGGAAAUUGGGGAGAAGGUCGCACCGUCAGCGGCCGUUUACUCGGUUCAGGAAGCUAUCGAAGCAGCUGACAAGAUCGGUUACCCGGUCAUGGCUAGAGCAGCGUUUUCUUUGGGUGGACUCGGGUCAGGGUUUGCAAGUAAUUGCGAAGAAUUGAAAGUGUUGGCACAGCAGGCUCUCGCUCAUUCCAACCAAUUGAUAAUUGACAAAUCGCUGAAAGGUUGGAAGGAAGUUGAGUACGAAGUCGUUCGUGAUGCCUUCGAUAACUGUAUAACCGUGUGCAACAUGGAGAAUGUUGAUCCGCUGGGAAUCCACACGGGUGAAAGUAUCGUCGUUGCCCCAUCUCAAACCCUUUCCAAUCGCGAAUACAACAUGCUCCGAACUACCGCGAUCAAAGUCAUCCGACACUUCGGGGUCAUAGGCGAAUGCAACAUCCAAUACGCGCUGAACCCGUACUCGGAGGAAUACUACAUCAUCGAAGUGAACGCCCGACUGUCAAGAAGUUCCGCGCUAGCAAGCAAAGCCACCGGAUACCCACUGGCUUACGUGGCUGCCAAGCUAUCCCUAGCGAUUCCACUACCAGAUAUCAAGAACUCAGUAACCGGUGUAACAACCGCCUGCUUCGAACCAAGCCUGGACUAUUGUGUGGUGAAAAUGCCUCGCUGGGAUUUGGCCAAAUUUACCCGCGUCAGCAAACACAUCGGCAGCUCGAUGAAGAGCGUCGGUGAGGUGAUGGCGAUUGGACGUAAAUUUGAGGAAGCCUUCCAGAAAGCUCUCCGCAUGGUUGACAACGUCAACGGGUUCGAUCCGUACCUGGAAGAGCUCAACGAGCAGGAGCUAAAGCAACCAACGGAUAAGCGAAUGUUUGUGCUAGCGGCCGCUCUGAAAGCCGGCUACGAAGUUGAAAAAAUCUACGAGCUAACCCAGAUUGAUCGGUGGUUCCUGCGAAAGAUGAAAAACAUAAUCGAUUUCACCUGUCGCCUUGAGAAGUUAUCCUGCAUCCCGGACAAGGAAAUGCUGCUGGAGGCAAAAAAGAUCGGCUUCUCCGAUAAGCAAAUUGCCGGUUUGAUCAAGAGUACGGAAGUGGCAGUUAGAAUGCAGCGUAAGGACGCGGGAGUGUUACCGUUUGUGAAACAGAUCGAUACGGUUGCUGGUGAGUGGCCAGCUUCCACCAACUAUCUCUACAUGACGUAUAAUGCCACCGAGCAUGACGUUGAUUUCCCGGGGCAGUACACGAUGGUGAUUGGGUCGGGUGUCUAUCGGAUCGGUAGCUCGGUGGAAUUUGAUUGGUGUGCCGUCGGCUGUCUACGGGAAUUGCGAAACUUGGGCAGAAAAACGAUUAUGGUCAAUUACAAUCCGGAAACGGUUAGCACAGAUUACGAUAUGUGUGAUCGGUUGUACUUUGAGGAAAUCUCGUUCGAAGUGGUCAUGGAUAUCUACGACGUGGAACAACCGGAAGGGAUCAUCCUUUCAAUGGGAGGACAGUUACCGAACAACAUCGCCAUAGAUUUACAUCGGCAACAGGCGAGGAUUCUUGGCACAUCACCGGAAUCGGUUGACGGCGCCGAGAAUAGAUUUAAAUUCUCUCGUAUGUUGGAUCGGAAAGGAAUUCUGCAGCCCCGCUGGAAAGAAUUGACAAAUCUGGAGUCGGCUAUCGAGUUCUGCGAAGAGGUUGGCUAUCCCUGUCUGGUGAGACCUUCCUAUGUACUGUCGGGCGCAGCGAUGAACGUUGCUUAUUCCAAUCAAGAUUUGGAAACCUAUCUGAAGCAUGCGUCGGAUGUCAGCAAAGAACAUCCGGUUGUCAUAUCCAAAUUUUUAGUCGAAGCAAAGGAAAUCGAUGUGGAUGCGGUGGCUGCCGACGGGGAGAUUCUUUGCAUGGCGGUUUGUGAACACGUGGAGAAUGCCGGGGUGCAUUCCGGUGACGCUACUCUUGUAACACCUCCGCAGGACAUUAACGCGGAGACACUGGAACGGAUCAAGCAGAUCGCACGGGAUAUAGCUGCCCUGUUGGACGUUACCGGACCGUUUAAUAUGCAGUUGAUUGCCAAGAAUAACGAACUGAAAGUGAUCGAAUGUAACGUGAGAGUUUCCAGAUCAUUCCCAUUUGUGUCGAAAACGUUAAAUCAUGACUUUGUCGCUAUGGCGACGAAAGUGAUCGUGGGUUUGAGUGUAGAACCGGUGGAUGUGUUGCAUGGGUGCGGAAAGGUGGGUGUUAAGGUGCCACAGUUUAGUUUUUCGCGACUGGCCGGAGCGGAUGUUAUGCUGGGAGUGGAGAUGGCAUCUACCGGAGAGGUUGCCUGUUUUGGUGAUAAUCGAUACGAAGCGUACUUGAAGGCGAUGAUGUCCACCGGGUUUCAGAUUCCGAAGCGAGCAAUCCUACUUAGUAUUGGAAGUUUUAAGCACAAAAUGGAACUACUUUCCUGCAUUCGGAUACUGCACAAGAUGGGCUACAAACUGUACGCUUCGAUGGGAACUGGAGACUUCUACACUGAACAUGGAGUGGACGUGGAAUGCGUUCAAUGGACUUUCGAUACGGCAGUCACCGGAGAGGAGAAUGGAGGCGCCGGCGAACUGCGUCAUUUGGCGGAAUUCCUGGCAAACAAACAGUUUGAUAUGGUUAUCAAUCUUCCGAUGAGAGGUGGGGGAGCGAGAAGGGUUAGUUCGUUUAUGACCCAUGGUUACCGAACGCGACGAUUAGCCGUGGAUUAUUCGAUCCCGCUUGUGACCGAUGUAAAGUGUACUAAGCUGUUGGUAGAGGCGAUGAACAGGAUCGGGAGUGCUCCACCCAUGAAAACGCAUACGGAUUGUAUGUCCUCGAGAGCUAUGGUUAAACUUCCGGGUUUCAUUGAUGUGCACGUUCAUUUGAGGGAACCUGGAGCGACGUACAAAGAGGAUUUCGAUUCCGGAACGGCGGCUGCUUUGGCAGGAGGAAUCACUCUGGUCUGCGCUAUGCCUAACACCACUCCUUCGAUUGUUGAUCGUCAGUCAUUCCAGAUGGCUCAAGAAUUGGCUCAAAAGGGGGCACGUUGUGAUUAUGCUUUGUUCGUGGGAGCCUCUUCUACGAAUUUCACAUCGAUCGCCGAACUUGCUCCUCAGGCAGCCGCCCUUAAAAUGUACCUUAAUGACACCUUCACAACGCUGAAGUUGACUGACAUGUUGGUUUGGCAAAAACAUUUGUCACAAUGGCCAAAACGUGCACCCCUGUGCGUCCACGCAGAACGUCAAUCGACAGCCGCCGUGAUCCUUCUUGCCUCGCUGGUAGACCGGCCAAUCCACAUCUGUCACGUUGCCCGGAAAGAGGAAAUUCUAAUCAUCAAAGCUGCCAAGGAAAGGGGAAUCAAAAUAACCUGCGAAGUUUGUCCCCAUCAUCUCUUCCUCUCGACAAACGAUCUGGAUAGAAUAGGACACGGUAAGGGUGAAGUUCGUCCAGUUCUGUGCAGCCUGGAAGAUCAGCAAGCCCUUUGGGACAAUAUGGAUAUCAUCGACGUAUUCGCAACCGAUCACGCUCCACAUACCAAAGAGGAAAAAGAAUCCGACAACCCACCGCCAGGCUUCCCUGGAUUGGAAACGAUCCUUCCGCUUCUGCUGAACGCGGUCAACGAGGGUCGCCUAACGGUCGAAGACCUAAUUGCCAAGUUUUACAAAAACCCCAAACGAAUUUUCAGUCUCCCGGAACAACCGAACACCUACGUAGAGGUGGAUUUCAAUGAGGAAUGGAUCAUUCCCGAAUGCCCACCGCAUUCGAAAGCCCGCUGGACUCCAUUCGCCGGUAUGAAGGUCAAAGGUCGUGUCCAUCGGGUGGUUCUACGCGGUGAAACCGCUUUCGUCGAUGGGGUUGUACUGGUCAACCCGGGAUACGGACAGAAUGUCCGCGAGUGGCCCCUCAAGAAACCGACCGUGGCGCCAUCGGUGGAAAAGAUCAACACCUCACUGGAUGGGUUGGAUCUGCUGUCGAUCACCAAAUCGCUGGAUACGUCUCGCCAGGGGUUGGACUUUUGGGACACGGAUGGGCAUACGAACGACAUGUUUAGUAAAUUGUUGGCUACUGGCGGUGGUGGUGGUGGUGGUGGUGAUACGAGCAAACUUGGUGUUCACUUUAGUGAUGCGACGACGAGAGCUAUCUCCCCGUUGCCGAGAAUUCGUUGUGAUUCUACCAGCGCGUACAGUAAGGAAGCUCUUGGGGCUGGUAGUUUAGCAGCGACGCCGAAGGAAAGGAGUUUGACGGGAAAGCACGUUUUAAGUGUGAGUAUGUUCAGUAAGGAGAAGUUGAAUGAGAUCUUCAACGUGGCUCAAACGAUGCGUGGACGGGUGACGAAAGAUCGGCCGCUAGAUGAUCUGCUGCGCGGGAAGGUGAUGGCUUCGGUGUUCUAUGAGGUCAGUACAAGAACUAGUUGCAGUUUCGCUGCCGCUAUGCAGCGGCUGGGCGGUAAGGUGAUCUACAUGGAUGAGACCAGUUCGUCGGUAAAGAAGGGAGAAUCUCUGGAGGAUAGCAUUCUGGUGAUGGCGGGGUAUUCGGAUGUGGUGGUGUUGAGACAUCCGGAACCGGGUGCUGUGGCGAGAGCCGCCCAUCAUUGUCGAAAACCGCUGAUCAACGCCGGCGAUGGGAUUGGAGAACAUCCGACUCAGGCACUGCUGGAUAUUUACACUAUUCGUGAGGAGAUCGGUACGGUCAAUGGUCUCACAAUUACGAUGGCUGGAGAUUUAAGGCAUGGCCGGACGGUGCACUCGCUGGCCCGGUUGCUAACUCUGUACAAUGUCAACUUGCGGUACGUCAGCCCGGCAAGUCUGGGAAUGCCGGAGAGUAUCAGCAAGUUUGUUGCGUCGAAAGGAAUUUCACAGAAGGUCUACGACAAUCUGGAUGAUGCCAUAUCCGAGACGGACGUCCUCUACAUGACACGAAUUCAGAGGGAAAGAUUCAACUCGGAGGAAGAGUAUGACAAGUGCUGUGGUCAGCUGGUUCUAACCCCACAAAUCAUGACUCGCGCCAAGCGCCGGAUGAUCGUGAUGCACCCGUUACCCCGGGUGUUCGAAAUCAGCAAAGAGAUCGACAUCGAUCCGAGAGCUGCCUACUUCCGGCAGGCGGAGUACGGUAUGUAUGUCCGAAUGGCACUGCUGGCCAUGGUUCUCGGUAAGUGCUAG